GAUAAAGGGAAGCUUACGGCAACCGACUGGCACAUACAUCAGGCAAAAAAGAAAAGAAAAAAGAUUUGAGUUCAUUUAAGGUAUUUGGCAACCUUAUCUAUACCGUCGUGGUAUUGUGUUGAUUCAAAUGCUUUGGACCGGUCGACGUCGUUAUCAUUCAGGUCCAUAUGUUGGGAAUAUCUAGCGGUACGAAGAAAAAAGGAGUCGCUUUGGGCUUGCCAGACAGAAGAGCCUGACGUUAGCGCGUAGUAAAGCAGAUUCUCUGUGCCAAGAAGGAUACACAAGUGGAUGGGUCGGAGCUUAGGUUAGCUUGUCACAAACGACACGAACAGAGGAUAAUCUAGUCAAGGAUAGCUUCCUCAGUCUCCCGUUACGGAAAAGAUAAGCAGGCUCGGUGCCAAAAUAAACCUUCAGUAUCGGUACCUAGCAUCGUCUCGAAAUCGAAAGAGGACAUACUUCCUGUCAGCUUCCAGUGUUUUAAGGAUGAACCACUUAUCCCUGAGCGAGCUAUGUUGCCUGUUCUGCUGCCCACCGUGCCCUAGUAAGAUUGCCUCAAAGCUGGCCUUCCUGCCUCCGGAGCCCACCUACAGCCUCAUGUGCGAUGAGAGCGGCAGCCGCUGGACCCUGCACCUCUCCGAGCGUGCUGACUGGCAGUACUCUGCUCGUGAGAAGGACGCAAUCGAGUGCUUCAUGACACGUACAUCAAGAGGGAACCGGAUUGCCUGCAUGUUUGUCCGCUGUUCUCCCAAUGCACACUACACACUGCUGUUCUCCCAUGGCAAUGCAGUGGACUUGGGCCAGAUGAGCAGCUUCUACAUUGGCCUGGGCUCGCGGAUCAACUGCAAUGUCUUCUCCUAUGACUACUCAGGGUACGGAGCCAGCUCUGGCAAACCAUCAGAGAAGAACCUGUACGCUGAUGUAGAUGCUGCCUGGCAGGCGCUCAGGACACGGUACGGUAUCCGUCCAGAGAAUGUGAUCGUGUACGGUCAGAGCAUUGGCACGGUACCCACUGUGGACCUAGCUGCUCGCUAUGAGAGUGCCGCAGUCAUCCUCCAUUCCCCACUCACCUCUGGCAUGAGAGUGGCCUUCCCUGACACCAAGAAGACCUACUGCUUUGAUGCCUUCCCUAACAUUGACAAGAUCUCCAAGGUGACGUCACCAGUAUUGGUGAUCCAUGGUACGGAGGAUGAGGUCAUUGACUUCUCCCAUGGCCUGGCGCUGUAUGAGCGCUGUCAGCGUCCUGUGGAGCCUCUCUGGGUGGAGGGUGCCGGACAUAAUGAUGUGGAACUCUACGGACAGUAUCUGGAGCGGCUCAAACAGUUUGUGGCACACGAGCUGGUCAACUUGUAGAGAAGCUGGUUGGUGGGAAUGAUGGAGAAACAGAUGGAGAGUAAAGGAGAUACGGGAGCAACCCAUUACAAUACCCGGAGUGCAUAAAUCUGUUAUGAAACCCACCAACUAGUCAUUCUGGAGAUUUUUUUUUUUUGGGUUAAAAUUAGAAUAUAUCCAAGCAGUUAGUAGAGCAGUGCGGGUACAUACAAGCACUCCUCUUGUAAUACAAAAUUUACUGAAAUGGACUUCUCUCAUCAUAAAGCACCACUUCACCUUGGAACCCCAGCUCCUCCAAGGCCAAGACUGCCAGUACUCUGUCCACUACACCUGCUGCAACUGUGAAGUGUAAAACACCCAUGCUCUCAGAACCCUGCUGUUUGUUUGUUUUUUUAGGAUUUUUAUUCUAUCAUUUUGAAAAUUGCACAUUGUGGCAAUGUGUGAAUGAGAAAAAGAAGAUAUGCAUACAUAAAAAUGGAGCGAGAUACAAUAUACUGUGUUCAAUUGUGUGAAAGAGAGCAUGAAUUUUUUUUGCUGCCUUUUAAAAAGGGUGCGGUCCACGGUUCUUAGUUAAGACCUCUACCCAAACCUGAGGGACUUUUGAGAUUCUGAGGACCGACCUUGUAAACUGGACUGGGAUAAAACUGAACAGACCUUUCCCCACCUCACUCAGCCAACCUCUGUCUGACCGUCAGGUCUGGUCCUGCCCAUUGCAGUCAAAAUGUGUUUAUUUUGCCUAAUUUUUUUUUUUUUAUAUAUAUACAUGUUUGCACGUAUCACAAGUGACUGGGAAAUACAAGUCAAACCUGACAUAAUGACCUAAAUGUGCCAGUGUUGCCAAAUGUUUAGUCCAUAUAAUGCCGAGACUUGGAGCAGACACACAGAAGACUUGUACUUUGUAUGAAUGACUUCUAGAAACAUCUCCAAAGCUGUGCUAGCUCUGUAAAACCUUCUUAUAAUGUUCUUUUUAGUCUUUAAAAAAAGGUACAAAUGGCGAUCUGACGUAACGAACUUGUGCAUGGCAAAAGAAAGAGGCUGUAUAUCGUUGGCUAAUGAGAUGUGGGUAUUACCCUAAGUCUUUGUCAUUUCCUAAAAUUGCUCUGCAGUUCAUACCUCUAAUUUUAUCUUGAAGCGCCGUCGCUGUGGAAUCAGCAUCACUACAUUUUAGUUGAUGAACUUUUGUUUUCAGACGAAAAUGCUGGGCACUAUAACGGAAAGAGUUUAGAUCCCACUUCCCACACAGUAAGUAGACGAUUAACCAAAAUUUGGACUCACGGUGACAUUUUUUAUCAUUUGGGUCAGAAGAUAAACUGUAAGAGUUACUUCAGCAGAUCUCAUGUACGCGGAUCAAAUAAAUCGGAUAACAUUUUAUCUCUAAAUGUCUGUUUUCUGUAAUAGGGUUAAACUACUGUGACGGCAGGACUGUCUGUGCUCUGGUCAAGUCUCUACCACUGUGAGCGUUGACGGUUGGUGUUGAUUCAUUUUCAGCCCAAGAAUAAGUUGUGCGUUAUAUCUCGAUAGCAAAUGGUUUAGAGAUAUGUUGACUUUUCUUUUUCUUUUCUUUUUUUUUUGUGUGUGUGUAAUUGCGGUCAUUGAGAAACACUUGUACUUUCACUACUCGUUGCGGAAAAGUGAAUCAACACAAGCCCUGGUUGCUCUCUCGUUGUGUGUACCGGGGGGGGGGGGGUUUGCUUAAAAUCUGAUCAGCAUCAAAGGCCUCCAUCAUGGACACACAUGGAUUAACUGGAUGUCAUUGAUUUUGCACUUUUUUUUCUUUUUUUUUUUUUUUGGUCUUAACUUUUAUGUGUCUUAUAGUCUGCAUGGUGUUUCUGGAUCCACUGUUGUGUGUUAAAUCGGCCUUCAACAGCGAGGGAGGCGACACAAAACGUUAGUCAUUCAUGUACUGGAAUGGAGACUUCCAUUAAGGCGCCGUCAAAGCCUGGAAACGCAAAUGUCAAAGUGCUACUGCAUGCCACGUUUAGCUAGUUUCUCUUACCUCGCUGACCUAGUUAAUGAACACAGAUAUUACACAGUUAUUAAAUCUCUCUGGCGUAUUAUGAAUACCCAGGUUAGGUUGAGUCUGUGUUCAGGAAAGAGGUCAAAGGUCACCGGUAAGUGAUGAUUAGCGAAUAAAGCCCAUGGGUGCUAUAAUAAACCUUCAGGUCUGCUUACUACAGGUUGAAAGGAACUGUAGAUCAUUGGCGAUCGGUUGUUUAGGUGUUUGUUAGAUUUACAACAAUAUGUAUGGUUUGGUAACUUGUCAGAUGAUGAUGUGUUAUUAAUAAAUACUUUUUAGGGGACUUAAAACUCUUUUUCUCUACUUAAAGUAAAGGUUACCUUUGCUUUCAUUUUCACUUUUGUAAAUAAUAUUUUUACUGGACAUGUUUAAUUUUCACAUCAUGCGUUUGUUUUGUUUUUUUCUUGCAGAAGCCUUUGUUAUAUCUGUCAAUCACACGUCAUUACUCUUAACUGCUGGUACAAUAAUGAGUCCACGCCAGUCCAUGUUGUGGCUCUCCACCUGACCUAUGUGCUGUAGUCCGGUCACGCUGACUGAUAUCAACUACAGAUGUUCCUUUUUUUUUGUUGUUUGUUUAUUUUUUUUUAUUUAUAUUGAUGACAUGUUUCAUAACAGAAGAAGCUUAAAUGUAUUAAUAUUGAUUAAAGUUAUGCUAAAAACAGUUAUAGAAAAUAAAAACUGUAUC